UUUAAAUGACAUUUCAAUCAAAACAUAAACAAUGAGUCAAUCGUUUGGACGUUAUUUGUGACCAAUAUUUGAAUUCUUGUGGCGAUUGUCUCAACAAUUGGAUCAUAUGUUGAGGUCUUUGGAUCAGUUGAGACACAACCCGGAUGUGAGUCAAGUACUCGAAGACAAGACCAAACGUAUCGCUCAACUCAAGAGGAGAUUAACUCUCAUUCACUCUAUCGUUCAGAACUCCAACCAAAGGGUCGCCAAACUCUUCACCACUUGAUGACAAUGUCAUGAAUCAGACAUUUAGUACACAUUAGGUGUGGAAGCGAUCAGUGAUACUAAAGAUGGUCAAUACGAUCGCGCAUCUGAUGUCCAGCUAUCCAUUCAUUCAUUACAGUUGCCUAUCGUUUGUCACAUUAAUCAUCAGUUUUCGUGUGUAUUGUCAGCACUUUGUUUGGACCAAAUGUGUGCCAAAGAACUCAAUGAAAGGCAAGACUGUGGUCAUCACCGGCGCCAACAGCGGUGUCGGCAAAGAGACGGCCAGAGAGUUGGCUCUGAAAGGGGCCAGAGUUGUGAUGGGCUGUCGGGACAGACACUCAGCCCAACAGCUCAUCCAACAGAUGAACAAAGACUUGGCGUUUAAGCCAAACAUUGUCUACAAAAACAUCGAUUUGUGUUCAUUCGCUUCCGUCAAAGAGUUCGCCGAAGACAUCAUUCAAAACGAGAGGUCCGUCGAUAUACUGAUCAACAACGCGGCGGUCUUUGGGCCGCCCUUUGCACUCACUGUCGAUGGCUUCGAGAGUCAGUUCCAGACCAAUCACUUGAGCAGUGCUUUACUUACUCUGUUAUUGUCACCAAAACUGCAGACAUCGUCUCAGAUGUCUUCGCAUAGAAGUCGUGUCCUUAUGAUUACAUCAACUCUUUAUCGCAAAGGAGUUAUAGAUGAAAAUGAUUUCAAGAAAGGAUAUGCAUCGCUUGACAAUUACGAUAAGAGGAAAGCCUAUAAUAACAGCAAAUUAGCGAAUAUUUUGUUCGCGCGAAGGCUUCACAAGAAUAUAGUGUCUGACAAUCAGUUGAUUGACGUAUUGAUAGCCAGUCCGGGCAUUGUAUGGACUAAUUUGGGUCGACAUCUAAUGCUGAAGUGGUGGCAAAAGUGUGUCCUUUUGCCGUUUGCUGUGAUGUUUGUGCGGACACCAAAACAAGGCGCUCAGACACCCGUCCACUGCACCACCGCUCAGUCUAUAACUUCUGACUCAUUGUAUCGGAACUGCUGUCCACAAGAAUGGGAUGCAAUUGUUUCCGAUUCAGUGCUUUCCGAUAAAGUCUAUGAACUCACGAUUAAGGCGAUUGAAAAUUAUCUCAAAUAAAGUUUUAGUUUAGUCUCGCGUUUAGUGUAAAAUAACUGACUGUAUGCUAAGCAUUGGGACGCGAGUGUCGAAUAAAGUGUUUAUUAAAUCACGAGA